AGGCUCACAACAUAUGAUGUUUUACCCAUUUUUACAUACUCCUUAGGUGAAUCUUCAUAUCUUCCAUUGUGUUGUCGCUCCCUUCCACCAUUACCGUGUAAAGCAUAGCUAGUUCAUGAAUUUUUCUGGUGUUGCUGACUUGCAUUGUUGUGUAGUCCUUCACCGAAUAAAAUCUUGAAACUUAUAAAGACUAAGACACCUAUUCUCAAAGAUGCAGAUCUAUGAUGCAGAUCUAUCUAGAGAAGUCUAUCUAGUGGGAUAUAUUUUCGUAUCCACUCCGUCUAACUCGGCCAACUCCAAUCAGUUCUUCCAGCUGCUUUCCUUGAAAUUUAAAGUAUAAGUACUUACUUAUUUGAACGUGGUAUUAAUAUUUUCCUCAAGUAGAAAGAAAACCAAAACUAAAGUGAUGGGGUGGCUCGACAAUUGGAAAGAGGGUGAGGCCUCAGCGCCGUCUUAUGGCGAGCGCGCGCGCCGUCGCUUGGCACGAAUCCAAGAGGAAGCUCCUCAAUGCGUAUUCGAUUUUUCCCAGGGUGUCGAUAUCGUCAUCGAUUCAUCUUGCGGAGCGAACGCUGUUGCUGCCAAACAGCGUGUAGAACUCUAUGCAUCACUAUUUUCAGAGGAAGUUCGAAAGCGGACACUGUUAGGAGCACAGGCUGUUAGGGUCAUCAGUGCUGGAGGUCCUCCCGAAGGCAACCUUGACAGUCAGACUGUAACGAAUGCGGCGCGUCCGCAAAUCUCUCUGCGUUUGACUGCUGGUUCUCUUCGAACGAGCGCCGAUGCUUUCAGACACGAUCCGACACGGUCGCAUUACAAUUUACUGGACGAAACCUCUGAAAUUUCCUACAGGAGCACCAAGACGGCGUCGUCGUCGUCACCGUGUGGAGUAACAAUCACAGCAAAAUCUUGUCGCGGUCUGCUAUUCGGGAUUGGACGGUUUCUGCGACUGUGUCGCUUAGGGCAUGAGCAAUCCUACGCAUCGAAGACGACAUUUGCGUAUUGUUUGUUUCCAGACGAGACUUGUGAGGCAUUUUCUUCUACUGCAGGUGAUCAGCAAAGAACCAUCCGUGUCACAAAGCCUCGCAUUGCUGUCCGCCAACACCAGAUUGCUUAUCGACCCAAGACCAAUGCCUACGACGCCUUCUCCGUUGAGCAGAUGCGCCAACAAAUUUUAGAUUGUGUUUGGUUUGGCUGCAACAGUAUCGAAGUGAUUCCUCCUGGCCUGGACGAUGCAGAUUUCAGUCCGAAUUUUGGCCCGACUGACUGGCUCGAAAUGCUCAGAGAAGUCAGCGACUUCUGCGACCAACUGGAUAUCAUGGUGUCGAUUUGGUAUCCAGCGUUCUUCAUGGAUUACUCAGCAGGGCCAGCACUAGAAGCAGCGAAAAAGCAUUGGGAGUUGGUACUAAAUUGCUGUUAAGUACUUUUUUAGAUUCGACGAGUAGCACGGUGCGUACUCCCACUGAAUUAUAAACUAAAAGUAAUUAGGCAAAAACUAGUCAGCUCUGGACUGUCUGUGCCACAGUUUAUCAACCUCUUCCUGGAUUCGUUGUCUUAAUAUCGCUUUGUCCGACCACCGCUUGGUAGACGAGAGAAAAACUGCAUCUCAGGAGUUACGACUAUUUAGAUACUCACUCAAAACAAUCACCAGAUUUUCUCCCAUUUACCACGGUUGGAUGUCUUGUUUGUUCCUGGGGGCGAUCCCGGUGGCCAUCCGCCAGAGGUUUUGCUAAGGCAUAUCGCGAAAGAACAGAGCGAGUUCUUCAUUCAGCAGAGACAGCGAAUGUUGGGCACACAACGCCGGGAGCCUAUCUUCUUUGAGACGUGGGUCAGCACGCAAUUUGGUUUGUCGCAUUCAGUGGAUUUAGAUACAGAGAAGUGGCAGCCGCGCGAACGCGAGGACUCCUUCUUUGAUAUCUUAGAAAAGCACGGAGAAGAGCUCGCUACAAAGGCGAAUUUAAAGGGCAUUGUCUAUGGGCCUUGGAGCAGUUACGCUUACACCGAAUUUCGCGAUCGUGUACCCAGUCGGUUUCGCUUGAGACGCUAUCCAGAUUUGUGCCAUUGUGUGGGGUGUGAGUUCCCGCAGCAAGGGUGGUCUGUGCCGUUGGCCCUGUGUCAUGGCCGUGAACCGAUCACGGUGCGACCGCAGUUUCUCUGGGCCAUGCUGAAACAAGGCGAAAGCGUCACGGACAUGCUGGGUUGUUACUCGGAAGGCGUAUCUGACGAUGUGAAUAAGUUCGUAGCACUCAUUGCAGCUUGGGAGGGGACGGAUGAAGGAGGUGAUGCAAGUACCAGAAAUAGAGACGAGAAAGCUCUUUCUAGCACACUGUCAUCUACUACUGAAACUUCUUUGCUAGAAAUUUGUGGUAUUUUUGUCCAGAACGACACUGCAGUUCCAACUGCUCUUCGGCAGGGAUUGGAGGAGUACUGUCGUUUCUUGUGCUUGCUGUGGGACGAAGAAGCGGUGGCGUGGAUGACUACUUUACUCUUCGAUAUGGAACGGCAAGAUUGGAACUUUAGAGGAGAAGAGCAGGUCAAAGACAAAGUAGUGGAUUCUGGUAGAAGUAUUAAAGAACUAGGAGGACGUCGAGGGGAUGCUCCUGCAAGUGCAACACCUCCUUCUCUCCAGCGAAAAAACGAGCGUUUCUCAACAUUCACAGCCUUUGAGGACGUUAUUCGGCCAUUUCUAGAUGCGACUCCUCGUAUGACCCACACUGUGAAUUGGCGCAUGAUGAUGCUCAAGUUGCGCAUCUACUACGAUGAACUCGUGCGUCGGAGAAACAUGGCACUAUUUUCUUCAUCAACAUCUAGUAAAAGUACAACUACAGCAGCUUCCUCCCAUGCAGCUUCAUCCCACGCAUCAAGUGCGACACCUUCCCUCCGCAGCGGCGUAUCUUCUCCGCAGAAGUCAGGAACUGCUUCACCACCUGCAGUCGUAGAAGCACAACAAGAGACACCAGCAACGCUUCUCACGACAUCUUCGCUCGCUCAACAGGACAGCAUGAACAUGUUCGAUUCCUCCAAACGGGGAUCUCGUCCACUGUGUGUGCUUCCCGACCGAGCACAGCGAAGCGAUCCCUUUGACUCCGAGAGCAUGCUAUAUGCGGAAGUCUUGAGCGUGUGUAGAUUGCUGUACGCAAUAAUCGGCUAUCAAACCUCUACACGACUUGGCGGACAGCACCGACAGCGUGGCGCAUUUGCAGAUUUGCUGUGGUGUUCUCUGGGUACAACGAGUGCAGGAGUACGAGACGAGGCUGGAGCACCAGAAGGUCGAUUUGCCGCCUAUCUCUCCGUGGGUGAAGUGUACGACGACUUUGUCUUGGCAGUGCCAGCUGCUUGUAUUAUGGGUGUAGGGAAUUCAUCUCCAAAUAAGUCAUCUGGAAGAGAAAGACAAGAGGAAAAAGGGACCCAGAUGAUCCCUGAGAUGAAUUCCCGAUCCCUCUAAUUGUAGCAGCACUGGAGAAGAUGCGCGGCGGGAACCCUCGUUACAAGAUCUGCAGCUAAUCUUUCCGAACGGAUUCCUUUCAACAAGUGGGUCUACUUCUGCAUCUUCUACGUCUUCUAUACUUACUUCUUCAUCUUCUACAAUGCUGCAAAUUCGUCCGGUCUUCGUUGCUCCACCGCCCAACAGCUCAAACUACAACGAUGCUGUUCAUGUAGUUUUGAUGGGGGCAAAGCAGAACAACAGUACUUCUUCAAACACUUCUGAAGGAGUCUCCAAGGAUUCAAAGGACGACAACAACAAGAGAAAGAUGAACUACAACCAGAUGGUUCUUGACAACGGCAAGAAGAAGAUGAAGAUCAUGUCGCAAUCCCACGUGACUUCUCUAGUUCGAUCAGCAGUGGUUGAUCAGAUGUAUUAUUCGCAGAUCUACGAAACCUUGGCUUCCGACCACGAUCGCAUUGCUGCCGAGCUACUCCCAAAGACGCGUAGGGCGUGCUUGCGUUGGGGCUCCUGCGUCUGGCCCACGGCUAGAGCUUUGUAUUUGAUUGAUGCCGGGACAGCUGGCACUACAAACACUAGUUCUGCUGGAUCUGGCACUGGAGCCAGCAGUUCUACGACCAAGAAAUGUUUGAAUCUGUACAUCACGUACAUGGGUUCCGAGGCAGUCCCACUAGGCGGCGAUUGGGAGGAACUAGGCCGUGAAACACUGCCGACACGCUGUGUUUUGAAAACACUUACGACUAGUUGUAGCGAUGCAACAACAACUUCCUCAAACAACACGAUAGUCCUGCACGACUUCAUUGACCCACCGCCUAAAGAAACGCGUCAGCAUGGACCUUUCAGCUUACCAAGUAGUGUUGCGGAAGACUUACUUCUAGGUCGUGCUGGAGGAGGAGAAAGUGGAGCCCCGAAAAAUUCCCGAAAAUUCCUUCUAGAAUUCGAAGUGCGAAAUCGCAAAGACAUUACGUUCUGCGCUGUCCCGAUGCCGGUUGCCGAACUCACUCUAGUUGUUGGAGAAGGAGAUCAUAAGGACGCCACUUCUUCCAGGGAUAACAAAGCGAAUGCUGAAGGAGCGGCGAAUCUGCUUGCGAAAAUCUAGAAGAAGCAUAUCAUCAUAUUUUUAAGUAAGCUCCAUGAUGUCAGGAACGGCAGGAUCACUCGAAAGACCACUGACAACCCAAAAACAAGCUAGACUAGCGGGUAGAAGUCGCCAGGGAAAUCCUCGGCAGUUUGCCGCAUAACUUCGCAUCGUCAUGAUAUAAGUAAGCAAAGCUAGCAGAUUGAUAAGUGUACAGGUCAACGCCUAAACCACUAAGCGAACUGUGCAGUUGGCUUAGUGGUUUCGGCGUUCUUUAAGUGGACACUUGUAAAUUCCUGCUUACGCAGUACUUCUUCUUCUGUAUCUUCAUGUGAUCAUGUCUCAAUGUCAUCAAAACACAACAACUCAUCAUUGCUUUUGUUGUGCAAUUGAAUAGAUACGGCCAGGGCGUGGUGUAGAAAAGUGUACGGACAGGGAUUCUUUGGGGAACAACAACAUGGUCAAAAAACUAGCUACAUGAGCAUGAUAUCGUGAUUUCAGCAUGACAGCGCAAGAACAUGACGCCUUCACGACCUGUCAUAAGAACAAAAAUGAGUCCAUGAUUAACAACGCGACAAUGCAGUAGGAAAACAGCGUUAUAUGCCUAGAAGCAUGUGGAGGAAGAUUUGCAGGGGAAGAUCAGGAG